AACCCACCCAAUUGUCGUCAAGUAUUGCAGCUUCCUCUUCUCCUUCCUAGGCAGAGGCUUGUUCUAUAUCUUUGUGGGAGGCUUGACACUCAAUCAAAGCGCGCUGUCCAUCAUUGCUGCAUCGCUCUUGAUCUUGCUUGGCAUCGUCUACAUCGGUAUGGAGUUUAGCCCUCAAAUCGAACGGCCUUUGAAUAUGCGGGAUCCAGAUGAGGCUCUGGAUGAUGAGAUUGAAGGAAUCGUAUAGCCGCAUAGCCCAGUAUAAUUGCCUGAUGAUUGACUUUGCUGUUUGCGUAGCCCAAGAUGACUUUUGCAGAUGCCACGACAUCACUUCAUCUACACACUCUCUCUUUAAAAGCUUAAGCUGGAGCUGCCUGCAUGCAUGCGAGACUACUAUGAGGUACUGCAAGUCUCUGAAACAGCUUCAGAUGAAGAGAUCAGAAAAGCAUACCGCAAGCUAGCUCUCAAAUACCACCCAGACCGCAACUUUGGCAAUAUCGAAGAAGCAACAGAUCUCUUUGCUGAAGCACAAUCGGCAUAUGAAAUUCUAAGUGACCGGAAUGAACGUGCUUGGUAUGAUAAGAAUCGCGAGUCUAUCCUACGCGGCGCUAGCUUCUCCGAUGAACCGACCGCAUACACACAAGAAGAAAUCGGCUUGACACCUGCUGAAAUCUUGGCAGCCGCAGGGUCUCUUGCAUCAUGCAAGCUCGAUGACAGUCGCGGUGGUUUCUUUGAUACUGCAAAUCGAACGUUUGAAUUGCUUCAUGCGCAAGAAGUCGCUGCGUGUGCUGUACAAGGCACAGAUUGCCAACCGAUUCCCUCGUUCGGCGGCAGCCACACAGAAGACGCUUCAGUCCAUGCAUUCUACAACGCCUGGCAAGCUUUUGCUUCUGCAAAACGCUUCGAUUGGGCGGAACGGUAUCGCUAUGAACGGAGUUAUGAUCGUCGACAACGCCGGAUUGUUGAGAAGGAAAAUGCAAAGCUACGACUUGCUGAACGACGCAGCUAUAAUGAAGCUGUCGCAAAGUUACUACAAGCUGCACGAAGGCGUGAUUUCAGGAUCGUUGCAAAGACAACAACUGCUGCACAGCGAGAAGAAACGAUGCGUGCAUUGAGGCGAGAACAGCAAGAACAAGCGCGUGCUGAGAAUUUGGCCAUGCAAGCGGAUUACAAAGAACAAGACUGGCAGCGUGUGGAUGUGAAACAGCAGAUGGAGGAGGAGAUGCAGCAGUAUGAAGAGUUUGCUUUGGAGAUUGAGUGUGUCGCGUGUGGAAAGACGUUCAAGUCAGAGAAGCAGUAUGCUACGCAUGAAAGAAGCAAGAAGCACAUUCAAACAGUCAAGCGACUCAAAUGGGAGAUGAAGAAGGAAGCCAGGCGACUUGGCUUGGACUCUGAUCUAGAGUCUGCCGAGGAGACUGACGAGAAGGACGAUUACCAGACCUGUGACGAGGAAGCAAAGGCCGAACGAGCCGAAUUCUCGGGAAAUACAACCGAGCCGAUCGAGCCUCCUGAGAACGGCGCCAAGAUACCUGUUCGAGAAGCUAAGGCAACCUCAAAUGUGGAUCAACUGGAUCUUGAUGCACUGUCGCUCUCGACUGGUAGCUUGGACGAAGACAGCGACAAUCAGCCACGAGCACCGUCUCCUGUACCUAGGCCCAUGCCAGCGUCCAGCAAUAAGAGCAAGAGCAAGCGUAAAAAGCAGCAAGCAAAAGCGAAGCUCCGAAAAUGAUACCGACAGCCUCUCACAUGUGAAGUCACCCUGAAACAGCUUUACUACACAACGCAACACUCAGCCCUGUACAGCUCCAACCUCCUGAGAGGCUUGAACCAACCGAAAGAUUUUGCCAGGGCUUUUCAAAUGAUGCAAUAUCGUCUUCUUGUAAAGGAGCGAUGGUCCACG